AUGAGUUCUGAUAAAGAAAAGUUAAAACAUCUAAAGGCCAGUAAAUCACCCAAAUGGCUUGACUCAAAGAGGGAAGACUCUUCACCCAACCCCCGAAGGUCUUCCGACCUUGCAAUUCCUGGGUCUUCUAUCAAUCACACUCUUCCUGAUAACACAGAUAAUUCUGAAGCGUCCCGCAAUAAUGGAACGAAGGUGAAAAAUUCAAGUGAUUUUGGAUUCAUAAGCAAUUUGAGGCGUGCUUUUGAAGGCACUCAAGAGAGACAAGCCAAUGGAAAUGGCUCAGAUGAUAUCGAUGUCGUUGAAGAUCAAGGGAGAACGGUAUUACAAUCGGGCAGCUCUGUUAACGAUUCUAGCCAUGAAAACGAUCAAAAUUCUUCUCUUCUGGAUGAUGAUAUUGUAACGAGGAAUGAGGAUUAUGGCGAUGAGGAAGAUGAAGAUAUAGGGGAAAGUCGGCAAGACUUUAGAUCAAUGAAUCAAUUGCGGUCCAUGUUUCCAGGUUCCCUGGUUGAUAUCCUUUCAAGAGGUCCACAUGUCAAGAUUAAUACAUUAAUUGAUGGAUUAUCUGAGCGUGGUGAUCCUUAUAUUUUACUCGAGACUUUAAAUGAGUUAAAUGAAACUCUCCUUAUCAUGGAUCUUAUGAUGGGAAGAGGGUUUUCCGUGAUAAAGUUAUGCCGUUCCAUAGUAUCCAUAAUCAAUGACCCUCUACUUCAAGAGCAAUUGGAACUACAGCUGGUGGCUUGUCGUUGUUUAUACAAUUUAGUGGAACUGAAUCCGGAAUUCGUACACGAAGUGGUAUACGCCGACGCUGUUCUUUGCUUGAAGUUGAAACUGAUGGAUAUCAGCUACAUUGAUCUUGCUGAGCAAGCUUUACAAACAAUGGAAAUUAUCAGUCGAUAUCAGGGAAGGGCACUACUUGAAGAUAACUGUCUGGAGGCUGUCCUACAGUUUCUAGAUUUUUUCACUAUCCACGCGCAGAGAAAAGCACUGAGCAUCACCGCAAACGCGUUCCAGUCAUUGUCAUCUAGAGACAUACCUAUCGUUGAAUCUGUUUUUCCCACUGUUCAAAGGAUAGCGACUGAAUAUACUGACCCUCAAUGCUGCGAGAGCGCUUGGUUAACAAUUGCACGUGCUGUUCCAAAGCUAAUCAACGAUCCCAUGUUGUUAGAGCGCCUUAUUCCCGUGUCAUUAAUUCAGAAGCUCUGUGCCCUGCUUCCAACCUGUCUAGGAAAAAGCACUUCCAACAGUAUAUUGUCAUUCAGAACUUGCUUAAAGUUGAUCAAUUCUCUCACACUAAUUGCAUCUGCAUCUCCUAAAAUUUCUCUCAAUCUGAUAGAGGAAUGCAAAAUUGAUAAAACAUUCAGAACUUUACUCAACAAUUACCUUGUCUCCUCCAAUCAUAAAACACAGCAAACUAAAGCCGAGGACAAACUUAUUUCAGAUCCUUCAGCUCCGUCAACCCUAGACAAGUCCACAAUUGACAGCGAUGCUAUUUCAAUUGAAGCUCUGAUGGCUGCUCCUAAAGAGCUGGUUACAACUUUACUGAAAUUGUUAGCCACACUUUUGCCAUACUUAUACGUAGAUCCCAAAUCGAAAAACUCACAUGACGUUUUCGCAAACAUUGGAACUUACUACGUUUUGUCACAAACUGAGGCACAACAAGAUAUUAAUGAAAAGAAGAUUGAAUUAUACAAUGCAAGCAAUGGUUCUGUCCAAUUGUUUAUUUUCCACUGUUUUCCUGUCAUUAUAAAUAUAUACUCCUCCACCGUCGACUACGAUAUUAGAAGGUUGGUAAUUAUCACAGUGUUGCGAAUGAUCAAUAUUUGUAACAGUUCUGCCUUACAUCAAAUUGCAACCCGGUCUCGAGUUACCAACUUACUGGCUUCGAUUGUCAUCCAAUCAAAAGACUUUAUUAGCAAGAGUUUCUCUAAAAGUCAAACAGAGGAGACAACAGAUCACUCCAAUAAUCAAAUAAGACCGUACGCCCUUCUUCAUGGAGCGCUAUUAAUCUUGUUCCAUUUGACAGCCAAGUCGUCGGAUGCAUUUUUGUUAAAACUGGAGCGAGAGGGUCUUUAUCAUGAUAUUGGUCAGUUGUUAGAUACUCUGAAGCAUUGCUAUUCUGCGAAAGGCUUUAAUUUGUCCUCAGAGAAUGUUGAUUCUAAAAACUUUGAUGAAUCUGGAGGCAAUUCGUAUAUGGUGGGGUCACAAAUGAGCCUUGAUGAGAAUAACGAUUUUGAGAAUGCCGGUGAUUAUCAAUCGCAAAAUUUUGAACAGGAUGAAAGUGAAUGUCAAAGUGAAAAUGGAGAUGGAGAUGGAGAUGGAGAUGAAGAUGAAGAUGAAGAUGAGGGUGAGGGUGAUGGACAACAAAUAUCUGAUGGUGGAGACGACAGUGAAGACAUGGCUGAUGACAAUGAUUUUAGCUACAGCUCGAGGAGGCUAUUGGGAAAUGUUGAUUAUGCCUUAUCCAAUAAUGGUACUUCUUCUUUCACAUACAGGGAGACACUAAAAGCUCUUAUAAGUCUCUGUACCACGAUUAUAGAGGAUUACUCUUAUUCCAAGGGUGAUCGGACUUCGCAAAAAUCUCCUCAUCUUCUUUUAUUAGAGAAUGUCCUUGCUAGAAUAUCAAAUGCGAGAUUGGCGUCUAAAUUUAGUUUCGCUCAAUGGACCGAAGUUUGGAGUGAUCUGAGAACCGCUCUUGGUGAAAAUGACGAGUCAAAUAUCUCUAGUUAUGAACUUACCGCUUCAACUUUGGUAGAUUCUUUAUUGAAUUUGUUCAGCUCCUCAGUUGGUACCCAGGGAACAGUCUGUCAGUACUCUUUUAUUAAAGUAUUCUGUUCCCGAUAUAGUUCGUCACCCGAAGAUGUUCCCUUAGUAUUGCUGGUUAACAAAUUACAAGAAGGUGUCUCACGUUCUGAAUCAUUUGAAAUUGUGACUUCUGGUGUUUCAACUGUAGGUGGUUUUGGAGGUAAUCUUACUGGUGACAUUAUGAGCUCAAAAGCCUCAUCUAUGGCAAAGCAAUUAAAAAUGAUGCUUAUCUCUACCGACAAAAGAAUACCCAAAAGCCAUCGACAAAUAGUGCUGAAUAUUCACGCCAUUGCCACUUUUCGUUCGAUAGAGACUUUUCUGAAAGCACGUAUGGCUACCUUCAAUAGGUUACGGGGAAACAAUUCUGGUUUCUCGGCUCUUCAAGACCUCACAUCAGAUGAGGAUGCUUCCAAUUCAUCCGAAGAAGACAAUGAUUCUGACUAUCAGCUACAAUUCAAGAUCAAUGGUGAAGUUAUUCCCAAAGAUGCUACUGUAUACGGGGCUAUUUACCGAUCCCUUCAAAGAUCGCCCGAUGACAGUAUUGAUAGCAAAAAAAUUUGGUCGGGUUUACCACACAAAGUAACCUAUUGGAAAGAAAAACAAUCGACGGAGUCACUGCCGAAAUCAGAUUUUCAGAUUUCUACCAAUGACACGGACGAAGAUGGUUUAUAUCUGCUACAGGACAAUUUUACUUAUAAAAUACUUCUUCUACUGAAGGUCUUGUUUGAGCUAAAUCAAAAUGCCCAGACUCCAGCUGUCUCCGAAGCGUUGUUUUUAAACUUUAAGGUGACGGCAAAACUUAAUAGACAAUUAGAAGAGCCUUUAGUUGUUGCAAGUGGCACCCUACCGAUGUGGUGUGUCCAUUUCACAAGAGAGUUUCCUUUCUUAUUCCCAUUGAGUACAAGAUCUUUUUUUCUAAAGUCUGUUUCUUUUGGUUACUCAAGAUUGAUUCAGCACUGGCAAAAUAGGAGCAAUGAAGAAAAUAGUAGAUCCGACAGUGAUAACGGCUUACAACUAGGUCGCCCAUCUAGACACAAGGUAAGACUGUCAAGAAAAAAGUUGUUACAGAGCUCGAUAAAAGUACUUGAGACUUAUGGCGAUGUACCUAGUAUCUUAGAGAUCGAAUAUUUUGGUGAGGAAGGCACUGGUUUAGGGCCGACGUUGGAAUUUUAUGCUAACGUCUCCAAAGAGUUUACAAAGAAUAAGCUUGGAAUGUGGCGCACCUCAGAUAAGGAAGCGAUUUACGUUAGUUCCAAAACUGGACUUUUUCCAAGACCUAUUGCCCUGGAUGUGAACGAGAUUCAUAAACCCCUACAUUUGUUCAAGGUGUUAGGAAUCUUCGUUGCUAGGUCGUUGCUGGAUUCUAGGAUUAUUGAUUUCGAGUUCAAUCCCUUCUUUUUUCAUACAGCAAAGAAUAUGGUCCUGGGAGUUCAAGAGAAAUUAAACCGAAGGGUACUACUGGAUCGCUUAGAUGAAAUUGACCCAGUAUUGUCGAAAUCAUUACGGUAUUUGCUGAAAUUUGUCGAACAGUAUCCUAAUGUUCCACCAGACCUAAGAGACUCCAUUACCGUUGAAGAUUCUCCACUAUCUAACCUUUCCCUAAAUUAUGUCUUGCCGGGAUAUCCCGAUAUUGAAUUAACUGAAGAUGGAGCCGAUACUGAAAUAACCCAUGAAAACUUAGAAGAUUACAUAGACGAAGUUUUGGAUUAUACGCUUCAAUAUGGCAUUGAACAACAGGUCAGAUCGUUUAUUGAUGGAUUUUCAACCGUUUUUCCUUACUCAUCAUUGCUAAUAUUUUCUGCUUCAGAGUUGGUUAAGUUGUUUGGUAACUCUAGUGAGGAUUGGUCGUACGAUACUGUCAUGGCUAGCGUACAUGCAGACCAUGGUUACAGUAUUGAAUCUGCAGCUGUGCAAAAUUUGAUUCAGUUGAUGUCUGAAUUUACGAAAGACGAGCAAAGAAUGUUUCUACAGUUUUUAACAGGAUCACCUCGAUUGCCGAUUGGAGGAUUUAAAGAACUUAAGCCCCAAUUGACUGUGGUUCGCAAAACUACAGAAGACGGUCUUCUUCCUGACAAUUAUCUUCCAAGUGUUAUGACUUGUGCCAAUUACCUGAAACUACCUAAUUACACAAACAAAGAGAUAAUGAGGCAAAGGAUCAUGCAAGCUAUCAAAGAGGGAGCUGGGGCAUUCCUACUAUCAUAG